CAGUCAAACCAGAACCUGGAGGAUCUAUGCCUGUCUUGCCAUUCCAACAAGUGUCAGUGAGCGGCAUGGCAGGCUUCGUGCGCAGGCUGUGUGACGUCCCCGAGAAGAGCGCUCCGCAGGCUGCGGAGGAGCGCGGCAAGUGGGGCAGCAAGAGGGAGUUCAUCCUGUCUGUGGCCGGCGCGAUCAUCGGACUGGGCAAUGUGUGGAGAUUUCCAUAUCUUUGCUACAAAAAUGGUGGUGGUGCAUUCUUCAUUCCUUACCUGUUGUUCCUGGUCACCUGCGGGAUUCCCCUGUUUGUGCUGGAGACGGCGCUGGGCCAGUACACCAGCCAGGGAGGGAUCAUGUGCUGGAGGAAGGUUUGUCCUUUGUUUGAAGGAAUGGGAUACGCCAGCCAGCUAAUCAUUUUCUAUGGGAGCAUCAGCUACAUUGUGAUCUUAGCCUGGGCUUUUCUCUACUUUUUCUCUUCCUUCUCUGGAGAGUUGCCAUGGGCUUCUUGUAACAACACAUGGAACACAGAUGGUUGUGUGGUAAUAAACAACUAUAAUGCCUCUGGUAACUGGACCACAGCUGUGAAUUCAUCAUCGUCUGUUGUAGAGUUUUGGCAGAGACGAGUGUUAAGCAUAUCCUCCGGCAUUGAGUCCUUGGGAAAGAUUCAGUGGGACCUUUCUUUGUGCCUCCUUCUGGCAUGGACCAUCUGCUACUUUUGUAUCUGGAAGGGAGUCAGAUCCACAGGAAAGGCUACUUACUUCACGGCCACGUUCCCAUUCGUCAUGUUAAUAGUGCUGUUUCUCAGAGGAAUGACUCUCCCUGGAGCCUUUCACGGUCUCCAGUACUAUCUGUACCCCAACCCUGCACGGCUCGCCGACCCACAGGUCUGGAUGGAUGCUGGAACACAAAUAUUUUAUUCCUACGCCAUUUGUUUGGGAUGCUUAACUACACUGGGGAGCUACAACGAAUACAACAACAACUGUUACAGGGACUCCUUCUUCCUUUGCCUGUUGAACAGUGCAACCAGCUUUAUCUCUGGUUUUGCCAUUUUCUCUGUUUUGGGCUACAUGUCACAAAAGCAGGGAGUUGACAUUGCAUCGGUGGCUGAGUCAGGGCCUGGCCUCGUCUUCAUAGUUUACCCCCAAGCUGUGACUCUGCUGCCGUUCCCUCAGGUCUGGUCCGUGUGCUUCUUCAGCAUGAUCAUCCUGUUGGGGAUAGAUGGCCAGUUUGCCGGGCUGGAAAGCAUCAUGACGUCUCUGUCGGACAUCUACCCCUCCCAGAUGCGCAAAGGAUACCGCAGGGAGAUCUGCCUGUUGGUGAUCUGUGCUAUCUGCUAUGUGUUCGGUCUUCUUUUGGUGACAGAGGCAGGAGCAUACAUUCUGCAGAUCUUUGAUCACUACGUAUGCAGCGGUCCCACUCUUCUGCUGAUGGCGAUCUUCCAGUCAGUGAUUAUCGGAUGGAUUUAUGGUGCCGACCGCUUCUGUGACAACAUCCAGGACAUGAUUGGGUACAAACCUCUCGUACUGAUUAAGUACAGCUGGCUGUAUGCGACCCCUGUUAUCUGCAGCGGGACACUUGUGUUUUUGCUGCUGAGAUACACCCCAAUGAGGUUCAACAAUUCCUACGUGUAUCCUUGGUGGGCCUACUGCAUCGGCUGGUUCCUGGCCAUGUCCUCUCUCGUCAUGAUCCCUCUCACCAUGAUCUACAAGCUGGCCCAAGGAAAAGGGACUCUCUGGCAGCGUCUCAAAGCCAGCUCCCAGCCUGCAGAUGACCUUCCAGAGACGGCAAAGGAAAUGGAAAGUGUGCGUCUCCCACUGCACCUCAGUGAUGAUGGGAAAAACAGCCACGUUCACUGA